UCAUGUUCUUCUGGACUGACAGAGAGAUAAGGCCAAUAUUUGGCACGUGCCACGACGACUCACGUGUGUAGGAGGUCACUUCACACUACAGCUUCUUCUUCUAUUCUUCACCCACCUCCCAACCCAACUCACUGUAACUCAAUGGCAACGGUGGACCUAAUUGAACCCCCAACAGUAGAAACUUCAUGCCCAGAAACCCCUUCUUUUUCUUCUUCUCCUCCGCUUUCUCCAAAAUCAGCAACCCCAUGUCCCCAAAACCCAACCCAAAGCCCCUCCUCACCGUCAUCAGUACUAGCGACACCGCUGGCAAGGCUAUGGAGACCCACUGCACAGAGAAACCUGAGAAAUCAAUGGUCCAAAUUAGCUUCUUACAGACAGCAAUGGGCAUCUUCUUCUUCUACUGCACGAUCACAUGCCACCGCUCUUGUAAACGCAUAUCUUUCUCAAAAAUACAUGCCUUCCAUGGAGUUGGGCGCCUUGAGGGAUAUUCCUAAUAUAAAAAAGAAAGCUUCUCUGAAAUUGUUUAAGCAGCAGGUGCUUCAUCGAGGCAAACUUUUAUCAUCAUAUAAACACAUGGUCUCAGUUGUAAUUCACAUGGUUAACAUUAGUAGAUCCAUGAAAUGCUUUCUCAAAUGCGCGAGCAGUAGCCCACUUGUACAUUUUUCUGGCUAUUCCGAAGAUAAGAAUGAUCCUGGGGAUGGUGGUGGAAUUCCAGUCUUUACAUUUUGGACGAUCUCUUGCUUCGAAGAAGUGGCAGAGGAGCUUGUCCAGAUGUUUAUAUUGGAGUUAAAUUUGAAGCGUUUGCUAGUGGUGGAGUUGCUAUCCAUUAGUUGCAAAGUUCCACCUUUAAACAGUUUGCAUUGGUCAGAUGAGCUUUAUCCGGGAGAAUUUAGUGAUUUGAGUAUAUGUAACUUAUACUCUGAGGAAACUUGUAAGCCAGUCUAUCCAAGAUUGGAUGAUCAGAAAUCUGAAAUGCCAGCUGCGCGAUUUAACCCGCAGCCAGAUCAUGAUGUUUUGCAGGUUUAUCUAACAACAUGGCUUGCAGAGGUGAACAUAGAUUCCGACAGGGUGGAUGAAAUAUUUGUGGAAGUUGGCGAUGAAAUGCAUGUUACGAUUUCAUGAGUUGCUGGCCUGUCUAGAAACAAAACGUUUGAAAUUUUGUCAAGGAGGUAUUUAUGUUGAUAUGCUGAAGAUUUGAGACUCUUUUGAAGCGUCCGUGUUAUUUGUAAAGAGGGAAAUGCUUGAAAAUGCCCGAAGGUUGAUUCUGCCAAAGUCCCCAAGCCCCAUAGACCACAGGAAAAAACAAAGAACCUUCAAAAGGUGUAGGCGUCUACAUAACAGAAGUCAUUCCAACUUUGCAAGUGAAUUGAAAUACUGAUACUACUGUAGUUGUUUAUGUUACAUGACCGUAUUUAACAUAAAUUAGAACUAAUUCCUAUCUAUUGCUUUUAAGCUUUGGUUUAAGUUUUCAUGGACUAUUUGACAAUUUUGAAGCUGAAAUUACUGAGAACUAGCUUGUGGGGCGGAUUGGAGUGCCAAAUCGUUUUCUUUUUCAUUUUGUGGGUGGAUUGGAUCUAUAAGCGCAGGUAAUUUUGAAUUUGAUGUCUCA